UUUUACCUCACUGUGCCUCGGCCCCUUCAGCUUGCUUUGCUGAACUAAAAGCAGCUCCAUAACUUCAUGCUGGAUGAGAGCAGGAAAGAGUGCCUGGGACAUGAGGACGCUGUUGCUUUAAUAGUGCUUUUCCUCCUCCCUGUGUUUGGGUUUGGACAUCUGUGGAAUAUUGCAGAGACAAAACUGAGACACGGAGAGAGCAGAGUUGUGGAUUACGGCCUGGUUGCAGUUCCAGUGGAGAAGAAAGGAGGAAAAUGUCCAGCGAAGGUGACCCAGGAGGACAAGUGUCCACCACAGCACUGAGUACGGUGGCAGUCCAGGCAGGAGACACACAGAUUAUUGUGGCUGUAUUAAAGUGCGGACAGCUGGUGCAUCUGCAGCUGACUGAAGCCCAUCCGGACCUCCUGGAGAUUGGAAACAAUCAGGACGAAUCCAUGAAACUUCUGGCAGAGCACGAUCAGCUGCUCGGCAAACUGAAGAGAAAUGAAGGAGGCGUGCGGGCGCUGUUGGAGGAGGCGGAUAAGACUGCGGAGGAGAAGGAAGGUGAGGAGGAUGUGUACGAAGCCAUGGCUAUGUCUCUCAGCGAGGCCUGGAAAAUGUUAGUAAGCCACCUGGAGAAACGGCGCUCACUCCUGCAGCUGGCCUGCAACUUCUACGACCACGCUCUGGAGUUUGCCAUUAAGAUAGAUGAAGCGGAGGAGCUGCAGCGUGUGGGACACAAACUGAACGGUGAUGUUUGUUUAAUUGAGCUGAAGCACAAAUACAGCAGUGUGAAGAGAAGCCUCCUGGAGAAGUCCAUGCUGGCGCUGAAUAAAAGUUAUGAGUUGUUGGAUUUCCUGAAGAGCUUUGAGGCUGAGGAGGCUCUGAGGUACGGAGGUGGGGCACGCGGUGCCCGUAACAGCUACAGGAAAGUGGAUGGACUGAUGGAGCUCCUGCAGGACCGACGCAGGGCAGUUGACCAGUGUAUGGUUCAACAAAUCCGCAAUCAGGAAGUGAAUAGCAGGAUCGCUGAGUGGGAGAGACAAGAACAGGAAGUAACAUGCUGGUUUAAGGAAAAUGCCGACCCAUUCUUAGAAAGGAAUCAGCUGGGCUCAUCCCUCUCUGAAAGUGAGGAGUUGCUGCAGGAGUAUAAAGAAUUUGAACUCAAAGCCAAGCAAUGGACCCUUUUGCUUGAGCGACUUCUCCAGCAGGCAUCUGAGCUUCUUCCCUUAAGUGAAAAGUUCAGCUCCAUCUCAGAGAAAAGUCAGAAUCUUCUCAAGAUAAAUGACCAGUUCUGGGAUCUGAUGAUGUGUCGACUGGGACAGUUGCACGAGAGCAACAGCUUCUUCAGCAGCGCUAAUAAAGCUUUUGAAAUCCUGGGAAACAUUGAGUGCACUAUAAAGGGCUUGCAGACUCAAACCGUGCAAUUGACCGAGCUGGCUAAGAAGCACGAAGAACUGCAUCGCAGUAUUAAAGAAGUGGCCACUGAACCUCUUCAACGAGGACAGCUCAUACUUCAGAAGCUCAGUCCACAGAGUGCCCAAGUCGGAGGUGUGCAAAAAAUGCUGGGAUACAUCAGAGAGCGGGUGGAUGGGCUGAGCAAGCAGUGUCAAGCCAAUAGGGAACUUGCUGGGAAGAAACAGAAGUUGCUGACCUCCUUCGACAACCUGGAGGAAAAGAUCUCAGGCUGGAUUAAAAGCAGUAAUGGUGUCUUAUCCAGUUAUAUGGAGCCUGGUUCCUCACUCUUUGAGGCUGAGGAGGUGCUCAACAAACACCUGGAGUUAUCCACACAUACACAGAGUGUCAUGGCAGAGUCAGAAACCACUGAGGGAAUGAUUAAGGAACUGAAGAAGCUGGAGUCCUCUGAGGCAGUGGAGCUCUCCAACCGAGCCUCUGUGCUGACAGAGCAGCUGAACACACUGCAGAGGAACAUCUCCACACGCCUGGAGAGCCUCAGGAGCUACAUUAGCUUUUUAUCUACAGCCAAGGAGGUUGGAGAUCAGAUUAAGACGUUGUUGGAUUUCUAUAAGAAAAGACCAGAGGCCGAGGAGGAGUAUGAGGAAAUUGGCAUUGUCAUGAAGGAGGACAUGGAUGCAAGAUGGCAGUUGUUCUUACAGAAGUUCCUCUCCAUGCAGGACCAGGGCAACAACUUUAUCAACAUCUCUACUAUGGUAAGCGAGACGUUGAGUCUGAACAUCAAAGCAGCAGUUCAUGUUGUGGAAAAGACUACAGACAGUCUGAGCAGGAAGAAAGCCGAGCUCACCGACCUGUGGACGUCAUGGCAGCUCCAUUACAGUCAACUGAAGUCUUUGAAGAAACAGUGGAAAAAAUUCAAAGAUCAAGUUAAAAAGGUUGUGAAUGAACUAAAGUCUCUGGAGGGAAUUCUUUCUCCAGCGUCCAAACAUGACCUGGGAAGUGAUCUUCAGAGUGUGUCUAAGCUGCAAGAGAGAUUCAUCUCUACCAAGCCACAGUUUCUGCAACUGAACGCCGAAGUGGAAUUCCUGGUUAAGACGUCGGAGCUGUUGACGCUGAAAGGAAUCCCAAUGAAAGAGAAAAACGAGAGGGUCAGCGAGCUGCUCCUGGUGCACCAGCGUGUGAGGGAUAAAAUCCGCGAGUCUGAGACCAUUUUCAGCAUGGCCGUCAAAUUCCAUCAAGUUUAUCAAGAGUUGGACAGCCUGUUAAAGGCCGAGCCGAUGAAGGGGUCGAGCGACCCGACUCAGGCCAGGAUCCAGCUCAGCCAGCACCAGGAGCGGCAGAACCACGUACGGCACCUUUACAAACUGGCCAUGUCUCUGACCAAUGAUAUCACCAGCACUGUCAAACAACCGCUUCAGAAAACAUUGGGGUCUUCAGUUCAGGAGAAGAUGGAGCGCCUCCGUCAGGGCAGUGUGAUUUGGGCUGCUCAGGCCAGCCAGUGUGAGGAGAACCUGAUGAGCAACAUGCACUACUGUGUGUUUAAAGAAGAGAUCAGUGAGCUCAGAGAGAACUUCAAAGACAUCAAGAAGAAAUUUAACAAUUUGAAAUUCAACUAUAUGAAGAAAAAUGAGAAGCUACGAAACAUGAAAGCUGUAAAAAAUCAGCUGCAACAAAUUGACAUAUACUUAGAAAAGCUGCAGGUUUUGAAGAUGAAGCUGCAGGCCUUCACGUUACCGAGCAGCAGUGAAAAGGUUCUAAUCGGCAGCAGUCCCAGGGAGCUUGAGGAUUCCAUCAACGAGCUGCAGAGGCAGGUGGGAGAUUUUGACAGGACAAUCGAGGACUACAAGCAGAACUUGGAACUCAACAUGAAGCUACAGCAAGCCAUGGAAGAGUAUGAAUUUUGGAGUGAGGAGGCGAGCUCUACCAUUGUGAGAGUGGGCAAAUACUCCUCUGAGUGCAAAACGAAGGAAGCCAUCAGCUGUCUACGUAAGCAGUUUGAGAAAUUUGUCUGGCCCACAAUCCCACAGCAGGAGGAGAGAAUCAAGCAGAUCACCGAGCUGGCAGUACAUCUGCAUGGUGCAGAGGAAGGGACAAAAUACAUGGAGAAAACUGUUAACAAACACAGUGAAAUAGUGGAAUCAAUAAAGGAGAUGUCAAGUGGACUUAUAGACCUGGAGGUCAAAUUACAGCCACAGGCUACGUCUUUGAAAGCACAAUCUGCUGAAGAAAACAAGACUUAUGACACCAUAGAAACUCCGGAGGCAAAGGAAACGGGUCACACUCCUGAGAUAAUGGGACCGGGUGGCACCAAAGACGACCAGGUCACAAAGAAAGCAGAAAGCAAGAAACACGAAACCAAAUCACAAUGCCAAGACACGCAUGAACAGCCAUGCCAAGUGUUCUUAGAGACACGAUGUUACACGCAAGAGGAUUAUAAGAGCACCGUGCAGACAAUCACCAGCAGGUCCACAGUGGAGAAGAAGGAAAAAACGCACACCUCCUUCUCACAGACACACACGUUCAGUGUGUCAGGUUCUCCUGUGGAGAAAGACAGGAGGACUUGCACUGUUCAGCAGAGCAAGAGGCCAUCUCAGGACACACCUCCACCUGCUCAGGGCGAGUGUCACACAGCAUCCAGCUGCUCAGAAUUUCAGAGGCCAGAGAAACAGACAGCAGGCCUCCGAACUCACCAUGAGAAAUUCCAGGGUGUACACACACAACACGCUGAGGCAAAGAGUGAAGUGCCGCUUCCAGGGGAGGAGGAACUUUUCUCUAGGGGUGCACCAGACUCUGAUUUCCAUCCUGAUCACCUGAGUGAAGAGUCACUGUCUAACGAUGAGUAUGAGUGCACCUCACCAGACGACAUCUCUCUCCCUCCUUUAUCUGAAACCCCUGAGUCCAACAUGGUCCAGUCCGAGAACGACCUAGAUGACGGCUAUUGUGUGAGCUCACACAGCCUCCACAUGAGCCACUACAGCCAGCAGUGUCACUCCAGACAUGGAGAUCCACUCCAUUUCCGUCCUGAGGAAAACUUUCCAUCCCCUACGACAGGCCCGGCUAGCCGUUACAGAGCCGAAUCUUCCUCAUUUGUCCAUAGCCCAUUUACUGUUCCCACCCCCACACUGGUCUCUAGCACCAUCUCCAGCAUCUUAAAGAGCAACAAGCCUGAAGGCCUUACUGAGUGCCAGCAAACCAUUUACUCCAUGCAUGAGAGUCGGAUCGAGAUGCAGGAGUGUGUGCAUGAUCCUGCCUCGGCCCGACACUCUUCUGUUGCUCGGGCUGGUAACACGCAUGCUUCACUUAAACCAUUAACCUCAGAAAAGGAGCCAGAGCUGUGCAGACCCACGGCCAUCCGUGAGGAAAUAAAGCGCCCGAGCAGCGCCAAAGCCAUGGGGAACCUAGCAGCAACACACAGCCCUAACUUCUCCAAACACUUGUCUAAUGCCGUAGUAAUGGAGGGCUCUCCGGUGACCUUGGAAGUGGAAGUCACUGGAUUCCCUGAACCUGCUUUAACUUGGUUCAAGAACGGACAGGAACUGCGCAGUGAUGAGCGCAUGUCACUGUCCCAUAAAGAAGGCAAGCAUGUGUUGUUCACUGAGCGAGCCGCAGAAAGAGACUCGGGCCAGUAUUUGGUUCGCGCCUCAAACACGGCUGGCACAGUUUCCUCCAGCUCCGUGCUGCAGGUCAAAGGUAAUAUCUGCUCUGACUUUGAUACCCUCAAGCUGGACUGGCAAACCUGCUUCGGCACCCUGUGUGUCCUCCUAUGGCUCCUCUACCUGCUGGUGUUAUAAUACAUACACAGACCCCAAAAACAUCACUCCCACUGCCUUCUGCUUAUCACUUGCACUUGGUUUAUGAUUUCAGUUUUAUGCACAAAUCUGACUAAAGGAAUAUGCAUGAAGGAGUUAUUCUGUCACUUUAAAAGCACAUCACAUGCUCACAAUCACUAGUAAUUAAUUAUACACUGAAUAUAUUAUUUGUUUAAUAUUCCUAUAUUAUAUUUGUUAAUAUUCUGUAAAUUCUAAUCAGUAUCAGUAGAUUAGUCAUUCUAUGGGUAAAGUGUUUUAAGGGUAUAUAUUUAAUGUUUUAUUUUAAAAUAUAUUCAUUGUUCUGUAGCUCCCAGACUAUUUUAUUUAGCUAUGAUUAGUUUCUUGGUCAAAAGGUUAAAAAU